GCCCUUAUCAUCAAUAUCCAACUUGCCGGAUUUGGCUGUUCGGAGUGACGUCGACCGGUAAAUGGCGGUGAUAUCAAUGGCCGGUGAUUAAUUUUUUUUAUGGGCAUUUUCCUGCCUACUGAUGGAGUACACAUAUCCACUCUUUCCCCAUACCUGUGCUGUUCACACAGCCCAUUCCUGAUACAGACAUCAUGUCCCCGCCGGCGAUCAUUGCCCCGUCCAUCCUGAGCGCGGAUUUCGCGACUCUAGGAAGCGAAUGCUCAACGAAGAUGGCCCAGGGCUCAGACUGGCUCCAUGUCGACAUUAUGGACGGCCACUUCGUCCCAAACAUCACCUUCGGAGCUCCCGUUGUCACCAAGAUCCGGUCUCACGUCGACCGUCCAACCCAGCCCCAUGGCCGGGGUACCUUUGACUGCCAUAUGAUGAUCAUGGAGCCACAUAAAUGGGUCAAAGAGUUCAAGAAUGCCGGAUGCGACCUCUACUGUUUCCACUACGAAGCCGCCGUAGCUUCCGUCGCAGCCACCGAGCCCGCCGACUCGACAACCACUCGCAAGACGAGCCCGAAGGAAUUAAUCCGUUACAUCCACGAGGAGGGCAUGCAAGCCGGUAUUGCUAUUAAGCCAGACACACCGGUGGACGUUCUGUGGGACAUCCUUGAGAGUGAAGACGAAAAAGAACGCCCAGAUAUGGUCCUAGUCAUGACCGUGUACCCGGGCUUUGGCGGCCAGAAAUUCAUGGCCUCCGAGCUGCCCAAGGUGCAGGCUCUCCGUGAGCGAUACCCUAAUUUGAACAUCGAGGUUGAUGGCGGACUGGGGCUCGGGACGGUGGACCAGGCCGCUGAAGCUGGAGCCAAUGUGAUUGUCGCUGGUUCGGCGGUUUUUGGCGCCCAGGAUCCUGCCGACGUCAUCGCAAAGCUUCGCGAAGCUGUUAACAAACGCCAAAAGCUUUAAGAAUAUUAUUUCUUACUACAUAUUCCAUGUGACACGAUAGUUUAAUCGCGCAUAGCCCAUAAUGGUUACCCUUCUUUUCUUUUUCUUUCAAAACCCCCCCCCCUCUUUUUCUUCCGACUUUUACUUUUUUACCUCGCUUUCGGAGGCUUUUAUUGAUCCCAGUCUUCGUCUUGGCUUUA